AUAGUGAUCUCCUGGCGUCGGGGUAUGUGGAAAGACAUAUGUCAGAAAAUGGGAGAACCGUCAUCACCAGUGGAGGGGAGCACUGCUACUACCAGGGAAAUGUCAGAGACAUCCCUCACUCCUUUGUGGCUCUCUCAACUUGUCAUGGAUUGCAUGGGAUGUUUUUCGAUGGCAAUCAAACCUACAUGAUUGAACCUGGAAGACAAGUGGACAGCAGCGGGGAUGUUCGUGUUCACAUGGUAUACAAAUCUGCUGGACUAGAGGGACUAAAUGAUCUGUUCAGUGGCGAUCUACCAGAGCCACCUUUCCCCAGCCCCCCAUUUCCUGGGUCAAAAGUUGUUCACUGGCGAAAAAAGAGACAGGCUUCACGUGUAUCACGAAGUGUGGAAGAGGAGACCAAAUACAUUGAGCUGAUGGUGAUCAACGACCAUUUAAUGUACAAGAAGCAUCGACUUUCCGUUGGGCACACAAAUAACAAUGCUAAGACAGUGGUCAAUAUGGCUGACAUGAUUUUCAGGGAACAGCUCAAUACCCGGAUUGUGCUUGUCGCCAUGGAGACCUGGUCAGCUGACAACAAGUUUAACAUCGACGACGACCCCAUGGUGACGCUCAAGGAAUUUAUGAAGUACAGAAAGGACUUCAUCAAGGAGAAAUGUGAUUCUGUCCACCUCUUCUCAGGGAAUCGCUUUCACAGCAGCUGGGGUGGUGCCUCUUAUAUGGGCGGCGUUUGUUCUCUCACUAAAGGAGGAGGGGUCAAUGAGUAUGGUAAAACAAAUGAGAUGGCCAUCACCCUUGCUCAAUCUCUUGGACAGAACAUUGGUAUUUUCUCUGAUAAGAGGAGGAUCCUCAAUGGAGAAUGCAAGUGUGAUGAUCGAUGGGCAGGCUGUAUCAUGGAUGACGUUGGUUUCUACCUGCCUAAGAAGUUCUCUGACUGCAACGUGGGGGAGUACCACAACUUUCUAAACAGUGGUGGAGGGGCCUGUCUCUUCAACAAGCCUCUGAAGCUGCUGGACCCUCCAGAAUGUGGCAAUGGCUUUGUGGAGUCAGGAGAGGAGUGUGACUGCGGGAGUCCAGCCGAAUGUGCCAGAGAAGGGGAGAGCUGCUGUAAAAACUGCACCCUGACAAAAGGCUCCAACUGUAGCAACGGACUCUGCUGCAAUAACUGUCAGAUGGAGUUCAUGGGAGUUGUGUGCCGAGAAGCUGUAAAUGACUGUGACAUCCCAGAAAACUGCACGGGCAAUUCCAGUCAGUGCCCACCAAAUGUGCACAAGAUGGAUGGUUACACAUGUGAAAAAGAUCAAGGUCGGUGCUUUAACGGAAGAUGCAAAACCAAAGACAGACAGUGUAAAUACAUUUGGGGAGAGAAGGCAACUGCCGCUGACAAGUUCUGCUAUGAAAAGCUCAACAUCGAAGGGACAGAAAAAGGCAACUGUGGCAAGGACAAGGACACCUGGAUCCAGUGCAACAAACAGGACGUUCACUGUGGCUACCUGCUGUGCUCCAACAUCUCACCUGCGCCACGUUUGGGAGAGCUGCAGGGAGGGCUGACCUCUUUCUCAGUGGCCCAACACAGUGCUUCUCUGGACUGCAGCGGUGCUCACGUGGUGAUCGAUGGUGACACUGACCUGGGAUAUGUGGAGGACGGGACUGCCUGUGGAGCAGACAGCAUAUGUUUCAAUCACAAGUGUCUCCCAAUUCAACAGUUCAACUUCAGCACCUGUCCUGGAACCACUGACAAGACUACCUGUUCUGGACAUGGGGUGUGCAGCAAUGAGCUGAAAUGUGUGUGUUACCUGGGCUGGACAGGAGACGACUGUAACUCCAUGUCUCCAUUCAGCUAUCUCGUGGUGGGACCCAUUGCCCCUGUUUCAGGUGUCACCAGUACCAACAUCAUCAUCGGAGCCAUAACAGGUUCCAUCCUCUUCCUCGCCCUAAUCCUGGCCGUUACUGCCUGGUGCUAUAAGAGCUACAAGAAGAGACGUUACGUCGAGUCUGAAGUUCACCGAAGAUUCUGCCGACAAAUCCCCCCAGGUGACUAUGUCACCAAGCCUGGGGAUGCAGAUUCGUUUUACAGUGACAUGCCUCCAGGCGUCAGCACAAACUCCGGAUGCAGCUCCAAGAAGAGGUCAGCCUGCCUGUCGCACCUGCAGAUUUGCACCUUGUCCUUCACUCCUUCCAUCCCAUUCAUUUCUCAGAACAUCUCAGUGUUUGGCUUCAGGUCUAAUGGCCUGUCCCACUCAUGGAGCGAGAGAAUCCCAGAUGCCAAACACAUUUCUGACAUCUGCGAAAACGGGAGACCGCGAAGCAACUCGUGGCAAGGAAACCUGAGUGGUAAUCGUAAGAAGCUCAAAGGGAAGAAGUUCCGUGCUCGCUCCAACUCCACAGAGACACUAUCCCCUGCCAAGUCUCCCACUUCCUCUACAGGAUCCAUUGCAUCUAGCAGAAGAUACCCGUAUCCUAUGCCUCCGCUUCCCGAUGACCAGAGGAAAGCCAACAGGCAGAGUGCCAGGCUGUGGGAGACCUCAAUAUAACAGCCCACUCUGCAAAAGCCCUUGAAGAGCUGAACGUCUCCUUUACAAAGAACGGACAAGACAAAAAUGAAACAAAAUUGACUCUAUGCUUUUAAAGAGAAAGAUAGAGAGCCCCCACUGGACAGUAAAUAGACAAAAGUCUGUUUGAGUUACUGUGUAUGAGUAUUUGAGGCUGUCUUGCCAGAUGGCGUCUCUACAAGACAAUGUGGAGAAAGUGACUCCACAUCCACUCCAGAGCUGCUGGAAGUCAGACUGAGCUGUUCCCGUCUGCUCAAGCCUAACAAAUGGGACAGGAACCCGGCCCAUACACUCCAACCUCGCACACCUCUUCUCCGCUCGGCUUCCGCUCUCUCAAGGAGCGAGCCCUCGCAUCACUCCACACUUAGAGAAUUCUGUGGGAUCCUUUUCGAAGCACGUGAAUCACUGUAGAAAGUCUAACACUGUAUGCAUGAUGCUGUUUUGCAGCAACCUCCUUCGGCUGAAAAGAAGAAAAGGCAGCGGUCUGACACGAAGCAAAAGCAUGUGAGAGGGCACUGAUUUUACACCUUCCGUAGGGCUCGAAGCUUUUCCUCUCUAAAGUCACCCUUUUUGUACCACCGUUUAAAGCCCCUGACUCACAACUUGGCUCACUUUCCCUGUACGUUUGACGGUGGGUGUAAAUAUGUAUAAAAUUCGCAGAGUAUGUUUUUGCUUCUUUUUUGUUUUGAAAGAGACCGUAAAGAGAAUACUCGGCUCUCUUUUUCUCUGCUGAAUUGUGCUGUGGAUGGAAGCGGAUGUCUGUAGAUAAUUGUAAAGACCCCUGCAGUAAUUUUUCUGCCAGGACUUCUUUUUUUUUGUCCUUCUCAUUUCCACCUUUAUAGCUUUUUCCAUCCACAACAGAAUGUUUCUGUUCCUGUUUUUUUUAUAUAAGCUCUAUUUGUCCAUCUCUGGGAGAAACACGUCGGCGCACAGUAACGUCGACUGAGGCCUAUUAAGAGUGUUUCUGGGAUGGUUUUUUGAUGAGUGUUAAUUUAGCAAAGUUGAAAUUGCUUUAUGUGCCAUUUCUGAGUGAUGUGAAUGGACUGAAAUGUGUGUGUUGUAGUAUAUAGACAUGCAGCCAGUCGCUCGUGUGGUUUGGGAAAUUUCCCAGUGAUCAUGAGAAUUUGUGUUUCCCCUUGUUCUACAUUUAGGCAGAGUUUCUACCCAGUACGGCAUCAUUUCCACAGCGACACCAGGUCCCUUUAACAUGAGGUGAAGAGGUGAAUGUGGUUGAUAACUGAACUUGGACAGAAUCUGAAAAUUGCGAUUUAAAUGUGCGCUUUUGAUUUAGCUGUGAAGAUUGAGAUAUUUAGCCCUGUAAAUGAUUACCUAUGCUGUACAGUGCUUGCUGCUGGAGCUUACGAAGACCAACAGCAUGACAGCUCUACAUCUAAUUUAAGUUAUAUCUCCAUAAGGCUAUUUUUGGGACUAUAACGGGAAACAAGCAUGUCAUUGAAAGACUUUCUCCCUCAUUACUGAUUCCUAUUGUAGACCUUUUGU